AUGGUGUUCUCGAGAUCACCGAGGGCGUUCCACUACCGCAUGUCCCACCCCGACCGGACGCUUGUCCGUGUUAUUGCCGUAGCGCUGAACCCAUGCGACUGGAAAAUGCCGGGGCAGUUUCCGUGCAAAGGCGUCGUGAACGGUACCGACUACGCUGGCGUCAUCGUCGUCAUUGGGCCCAAGGUUGCCGACCUUGCAAGUAGGCCGCGAUGGAAAGUCGGAGACGCUGUGUUUGGCGCUUGUCAUGGCGCCAAUUCGAUUGAUCCGGAAGCGGGAUCGUUUGCUCAGUACAUCCGAGCGGACCCGGAGUUGCUGUUCAAAAAGCCGGACUAUAUGUCUUGGGAGACAGCAGGCGCAUUUGGGGCAAGCGGUCUUGCAAUGCUGGGUCUGUCGUUGUUCUGGGAGGGGGGCAUGGGUCUUUCCGGGUCGCCAGAUGAGCCGGCAGAGGAGCCGGAGCAGGUUCUGGUUUACGCUGGAAGCACUUCAGUUGGGACGUUGGCGAUCCAGCUCCUGCGGAUUUACGGACACAUUCCCAUAACGACCUGCUCGCCGAAGAACUUCGGCCUCGUCAAGUCAUAUGGCGCCGAAGCAGUUUAUGAUUACCACUCUGCGACCUGCGCUCAGGAAAUUAAGGAACACACCGGAAACAACCUGGAGUUUGUGCUGGAUCCCAUGACAGAGGCCAAGACCCAGCGUCUCUGCUAUCAAGCCAUUGGACGCGGCGGUGGACGAUAUAUUGCGCUGGAAGUAUGGCAGCCCAUGAACCACACUCGGCCCACAAUCGACCCGACCUUUAUCAUGAGGUCAUCCAUCAUCGGGAGCCGGAUUCCCUUGGAUAAUGGGUAUGACAGUGAGGCGAAUCCCGAAAAGAGAAGGUUCGGUAUACAGUACUACCGGGACGUUCAGAAGCUGUUCGAUGCACGUAGAUUGAGACCCCAUCCGGUGAAAGUUAUUCCAGGGGGCUGGCAGGGCAUUUUAGACGGACUGCAGCUGCUGAAAGCUCGGGCAGUGUCGGCACAGAAGCUGGUUGUGUUUAUAGGGACGCUUUGA